AGAGAGGGUGUGAGUGAGAGAGAGUGUGAGAGUGAGAGAAAGAGAGAGAGAGAGAGAGAGUGACAUAAAGGAAAGAGAAAGAAAGGAGAGAAACGGAAGAAAGGUAGGAGGCGAAGGGGGCGCCCGUGUAGAGUGGUCGUGCGUCUGCUGCUGGUGUGGUGGUAGUGCGCGCGUUGUAAGCUCUGAAAUUCGGUGAUUGAAAAAAUAAAGGUGCUAAGUCGGCCGGGUUGAAAAGAAGAACGAAUCGACGGACAUAAUACGGCGAUCCGUGAAGUCCGAUGUCUAGUGCUGAGGUGGUGGAGAGUUCCGUUGACCCCCCAGCCAAGAAGCGACGCGUUGCUGCCACAACGGGAGGUGCCGACGACUCCGCGACGAUCGCAGACAUGGCGAAAAACGGCUUGACAUCCCGGGCUCCCGCCGAAAUCGACGAGAGUCUUUAUUCCAGGCAGCUCUACGUCCUUGGGCACGAUGCAAUGCGUCGUAUGGCAACAUCCGACGUCCUGAUUUCUGGAUUAGGUGGUCUUGGUGUAGAGGUCGCAAAGAAUGUCAUCCUUGGCGGUGUCAAAUCUGUCACGUUACACGACGAUGCCGUAUGUCAACUCUCAGAUCUUGGUUCGCAAUUUUAUCUCACCGAGGAGGAUAUAGGUAAAAAUCGUGCUGCUGCCUGUUGUCAACGCCUUUCGGAACUUAACAACUAUGUCCCUACUUCUUACUAUUCGGGACCAUUAACGGAAUCUUUUAUCAAGAAAUUUAGAGUCGUCGUUCUGUCGGAAACUCCUCUUUCCGGACAAUUACGCAUUUCUCAAAUUACUCAUGAGAACGAUAUAGCGCUUAUUAUAGCAGAUACUCGUGGUCUCUUUUCUCAGGUAUUCUGUGAUUUUGGUAAUUCAUUCACUGUUGUAGACACCAAUGGUGAACCGCCUGUGAGUGCUAUGAUUGCUAGUAUUUCGAAGGAUUCAGAAGGAGUCAUUACGUGUUUAGAUGAUACACGUCAUGGUAUGGAAGAUGGCGAUUACGUAACUUUCUCAGAGAUUCAAGGCAUGACAGAGCUUAACGGUUGUGAACCUAAAAAGAUAAAAGUACUCGGACCGUACACCUUUAGCAUUGGGGAUACGUCUACUUAUUCGGAAUAUAUAAGAGGUGGAAUCGUAACGCAGGUUAAGAUACCAAAAUCGAUGCAUUUUCUACCGCUUGAUGAAGCUUUGAAAAAACCGGAAUUCUUAGUAACAGAUUAUGGAAAAUUCGAUUAUCCUAAACAAUUGCAUUUAGCGUUUAAAGCUUUAGAUCGCUAUCGUGAGAGCGAGGGAAGAAUGCCUAGACCGUGGAAUCAAGAAGAUGCUGACGCAUUUAUUGGCAUAGUAGAAAGUAUUAAAAAAGAAACGGAAGAUGAUAUUGAGAUCAAUAACGACUUAAUGACAACAUUUGCUAAAAUCUCUGCCGGUGAUUUGAAUCCUAUGAAUGCUACGAUAGGUGGAAUUGUAGCUCAAGAAGUAAUGAAAGCUUGCACUGGAAAAUUCCAUCCUAUAUAUCAGUGGUUGUACUUUGAUGCAAUCGAAUGUCUGCCUAAAGAUCAACCUAAAGAAAAAGAUUGCAGUCCUCUCGGUACCCGUUACGAUCGGCAAAUAGCUGUUUUUGGACGACCAUUCCAAUCCAAGAUCGGUAGCCUAAAAUAUUUUGUUGUCGGAGCAGGUGCCAUUGGUUGUGAGCUUUUGAAGAAUUUUGCUAUGAUAGGAGUUGGAUCAGAAAAUGGUUACGUUACUGUAACAGAUAUGGACUUGAUAGAAAAGUCGAAUUUGAAUAGACAAUUUUUGUUCAGACCAUCCGACGUGCAAAGAUCAAAAUCGUCUACAGCCGCAAGAGUUAUCAAGGGAAUGAAUCCUGACAUGAAAGUCAUCGCUCAUGAAAACAGAGUUUGCGCAGAAACAGAGAAGAUAUACAAUGAUGAAUUCUUUGAAGAUCUCGAUGGAGUUGCUAAUGCUUUGGAUAAUGUUAAUGCACGCAUUUAUAUGGAUCGUCGAUGCGUCUAUUAUCGUAAAUCUCUGUUGGAAUCUGGUACAUUAGGUACAAAGGGUAAUACUCAAGUGGUUGUCCCGUUUUUAACCGAGUCGUAUAGUUCCUCGCAAGAUCCGCCAGAAAAAAGUAUACCUAUUUGCACUUUAAAGAAUUUCCCUAAUGCAAUAGAACAUACUCUACAAUGGGCUAGAGAUUAUUUUGAAGGUUUAUUCAGACAAGCCGCUGAAAAUGCUGCUCAAUAUAUUUCCGAUUCUCAGUUUGUAGAAAGAACGUUGAAACUGCCUGGUACACAGCCGCUAGAAGUACUAGAAUCUGUUAAAACUGCAUUGAUAGACGAAAGACCUAAAACAUUUGCGGAUUGCAUUGCAUGGGCUCGUUGUCAUUGGCAAGAGCAAUAUAGUAAUCAAAUCAGACAGUUACUUUUUAACUUCCCGCCGGAUCAAGUAACAUCGAGCGGACAACUGUUUUGGUCUGGACCAAAACGUUGCCCCGAUCCCUUGGUUUUUGAUGUAAACAAUACUUUGCAUAUGGAUUAUAUCAUUGCUGCUGCCAAUCUAAAGGCGAAAGUCUAUGGAAUUAAAACUAAUCGGGAUCUCGAAGAAAUUACUAAAAUUGUUUCUACCGUUCAAGUACCAGAAUUUACUCCAAAAUCGGGUGUCAAAAUAGCAGAAACAGAUUCUCAAGUUCAAGUAUCUAAUGGCAGUGGAAAUAUUGAUCAUGAAAGGCUAAGUCAGUUACAAGAAGAAUUGCCAAAAGUUGAUGAACUCGAUGGCUUAGUACUAUAUCCUCAGGAAUUUGAAAAAGAUGAUGAUUCUAAUUUCCAUAUAGACUUCAUUGUGGCAGCAUCGAAUUUACGUGCUACCAACUACAAAAUUGCACCUGCAGAUAGGCAUAAGAGUAAGCUUAUAGCUGGAAAGAUUAUUCCAGCCAUAGCUACCACAACAUCUGUAGUAGCUGGACUGGUAUGCCUAGAGUUAUAUAAAUUAACUAGAGGUGUUAGAGACUUAUCUGUUUAUAAAAAUGGUUUUGUUAAUCUGGCCUUACCAUUCUUUGGAUUCUCUGAACCUAUUUCUGCACCUAAAUUAAAAUAUUAUGAUACGGAAUGGACAUUAUGGGAUCGAUUCGAAGUAAGGGGAGAACUUACGCUCAAAGAAUUCUUAAAUUAUUUCAAAAAGCAUCAUAAUCUCGAAGUCACUAUGCUAUCUCAAGGUGUAUGCAUGUUAUAUUCGUUCUUUAUGCCAAAACCAAAAUGCGAAGAGCGUAUGGGCCUAUUGAUGUCCGAGGUUGUCAAGAAAGUAUCAAAGAAAAAAUUGGAGCCACAUGUAAGAGCAUUGGUAUUUGAACUCUGCUGUAACGAUGCCGAAGGAAACGAUGUUGAAGUCCCAUAUGUACGCUACACUUUAGCCUGACUCUCCUUAAACAUUCACCAGUAAACAAGAAAAAUGUCUACUUAAUUGACUUAGCCUUAGUGAUUUUUACAAAUUUCUAUUUUACAAUGCCGAUACAGGAGGUAAUUCAUUUUUGUCUUUGUAUAAGAUGUAAGGUUCAUAAAAUAAGAAUACAAGUUUAUUUCUUUUGUCAGCGCUUGGUAGCAUUUUCAGUGCUUGAAUGUAUCUUACUCGGACGAUCCCCCCUUCAUUUACUGGUUUAAAUUAAGAGGUUCUAAAUUUUGAGAUCAUGCUUUUUAUUAUCAUAUUUUUCUACUAUUUUGCUACUCCUUAAUUCUAAACUUGUCGCUUGAUUCAUUCAUUAAUCCUUUGUGUAACUGGAUAAAUUUAGAUAUUUCGCUAUCUAAGCUUCAAAUAUUAUCUCACAAAGGACAACAUUUCAGUAAACUGAGAAAAAUAAAAAAAAAAAAAAUAAAUAAAUAAGUAAAUAAAUAAAUAAAACUAGAAGCAUUUACAAUCUCAUAUAAAACAUUCAAUACGAGUUACAAAUGUGGGUAUAAUAAAUGUGUUAAUAUUAUAUGUGAGCUUGAAAUUUGCCAUGAAGUUUACGUGAGAAUAUUUUUAACGAUUAAUGUGAAGCUGAAAGAGUGUCCUAGAUAUUAUCAAAUUUAUAGAAAGAUAAUCAUGAAGCGAACAGUUGUGGCUUUAAAGGAAUAAUAUUAAAAGAAUUAAUCGUUAGAUUUACAAAGAAAAAAAAAAAAGAAAAAAGAAAAGAAAAGGGAAUCAUCAUGGUAAGAGCAUUCUUAUUAUCUGACUUUACUAUUUUAUAUGUAACAGUAAAUUGUAAAUUAUUAGCCAAUACUUGCAAUAUAUUCUUAGAGAGACGUCACAAUUACAAUUAAUACAUUUAAUAGAUGUGAACAAAAAAAUCAGUGUUGCGUAGCGGAGAUAAAAUAUCUUGCCUCUUAUCUUAUUUUUCCCUUUACGAUUACAGUUUACGUGUAUGCACAAAAAAAUGUGCUCAUUUUGUUAGUCCCUUUUUCUUUUCACGCUUUUAUAUAUUUAACAUGAAAUUUCCUGCGAUUAAAAUAAUGUGCAGAAUGAAUAACGAUGAAUUUUGUCUAUAUCCGCUUAGUAAAAAAAAGUCAUUACGACAUAAUGGACGAACAAUUAAUUGAUUGAAGCUGCUUGUGAUUGAUUAAACUUGGUAGAUAAGAAAAAAAAAAAAAAAAAAAAAAAUGAAAAACACGCAUUUGAGAAAGCCUUUAAAAAAAUAAAAAAAGAAAAGAAAGAAAGAAAGAAAGAAAGAAAAAAAAAAAAUUACACGUCACACCAAGGAUGUCAGGAAAGGAAGAUAUUUUAAUUUUAGAAGAAUCCAGAUAUUUAUUGUAUUAUUUUAUCGAUAAGUCGUAAAUAGAUGUGUUUGGAUUUCAAAAACAUAGUAAAUAUAAUAAUGAAAUAAAAUUGGAAA